CAAAACAAAAGAGACAGUAUAAGUAUGAAUCUGUAUUUGGCAUUCGUUUCCUUCCUUUUCCUUUCAGUCGCUGAUUCUGUUCUGGGAAGAGGUAUUUGUGGAACUCGUCAAUACAACCCUGCAUUUGAAAUUUGCUGCAACGGAGUUGUAAACAGUCGAUCCAGGGGAAACCAGUGCUGUGGAACUACCUCAUACAGCUCUGGUUUCAAUAUUUGUUGCAAUGGAGUUGUAAAUAGUCUUUAUAGAGGCAACCGGUGCUGUGGAACUACCGCAUACAGCUCUGGUUUUAAUAUUUGUUGCAAUGGAGUUGUAAAUAGUCUUUAUAGAGGCAACCGGUGCUGUGGAACUACCGCAUACAGCUCUGGUUUUAAUAUUUGCUGCAAUGGAGUUGUAAAUAGUCUUUAUAAGGGCGAUACGUGUUGUGGAACUACCGCAUACAGCUCUGGUUUCAAUAUUUGCUGCAAUGGAGUUGUAAAUAGUCUUUAUAGGGGCAAUAGGUGCUGUGGAACCACUGCGUAUAACUCUGGUUUUAACCAAUGUUGCAAUGGAGUUGUUUGCUAGGAAAAUAAUUGUCCUGAAAAAAGUUUUAUCUUCUCCUAUGUUGUAAUUAUUCUUUUCUUGAAAAUAAAAUAUUGUUUCCUGUGUA